AUGGGGGUUGCACCCAAAAUGAUUAUCACUGAUCAAGAUUGGGGGAUGAAACUUGCUGUUCAACAAGUACUUUUACAAACAAGGCACCGAUGGUUCAUGUGGCAUAUUAUGAUUAAGGUGUCAGAUAAGUUGCCCAAAUCCUUGCUUGGUAGUGAAGAUAUCAAAAAAGAGUUUAAUGCAUGUGUUUGGUCUGAUUUGUUAGAGCCUGAUGAGUUUGAUAUAAUAUGGAAUUAUAUUAUGGAACGAUAUGGAUUAGAAGACGUCCACUGGUUUGGAUCGAUGUUUGAAGAUAGAGAAUUCUGGGUUCCUGCUUAUUUUCGAGAUUUUCCCAUGGGGUCGCUUCUUAGGACUACAUCGAUGUCUGAAUCAGAGAAUAGCUUUUUUAAAAACUACACAAAGCCUCGUGCAAAUCUUGUACAGUUCAUCAAUUUCUUUAACUGUGCUGUGGGAGAUCAAAGGAAUGCCAAUUCACGAUUGAACUACUUGGAUUACUCAACUAUUCCUGAUUUGUCAACCUAA